AUGAAGGAGGAGUUGGAGGAGACGGAGGAGGAGGAGAAGGAGAAGGAUGAGGAGGCAUUAGAAGUUCAACUUAGACAUUUCAAUCCCGUCUGGUCCAUUAAAUUGGAGAAUUCGGUAACAUUUCCAAGCCGGAUGACGUGCGAGUAG